AUGAUGUGGAAUUGGACAAUCUCGGCCCUGGCAACAGGCUGCACAAUUGUCUUGUAUGACGGAUCUCCCACCCAUCCCUCGCCGGCCACCUUAUUUAACCUCUGUGAUAAUGAAGGGAUAAGCGUCCUGGGUAUCAGCGCAAAAUUUCUCAGCGUUGCCCAACAGGCGCAGGUGACGCCACGCAUAUCUCAUCAGCUGUCGAGUUUACGCGCGGUGCUAUCCACCGGAUCACCGCUCACCGAAGAGGGUUUCAACUACGUUUAUUCAGCCAUCAAAUCUGACUGUCACUUAGCCAGCAUGUCUGGCGGCACCGAUAUUGUAUCCUGUUUUAUGCUGGGUAAUCCGAACCUGCCUGUAUACGCCGGCGAACUGCAAUGCGCAGGUCUGGGCAUGGCCGUCGAGGUCUGGGAUGAGACUGGUGAGGCUUUAAGUGAGGGCAAAGGCGAAUUGGUUUGUACCCAGUCUUUUCCAGCCUGCCCGAUUGGUUUCUGGAACGACCCGGACCAGGUUCGUUUUAAACAAGCUUAUUUUGAUGUUUUCCCAGGCGUCUGGGUACACGGCGACUAUGCCAGCCAUACCGCCCAGGACGGCUACAUCAUCUAUGGUCGCAGCGAUGCCACCCUCAAUCCCGGUGGCGUCAGGAUCGGCACCGCUGAGAUCUACAGCCUGCUGGACGCCAUGCCGGAAAUCGCAGACGCGGUGUGUGUCGGUCAACAGUGGCAGGAUGAUACCCGGGUGGUUUUAUUUGUUGUCAUGGCACCGGGCCAUACACUGACUGAGGCGUUUCGCGAAACGAUCAAACGCCAUAUCCGCGAACAUGCGUCCCCCCGCCACGUACCGGCAAAGAUACUCUCUGUAACCGAUGUGCCGCGUACAUUGAGCGGCAAAGUAGCCGAACUCGCUGUCCGUCAGACCCUGCAGGGGGAGACUAUUGGCAAUGCCAGCGCCCUGGCAAACUCCGAAAUCCUGGCCGAAUAUCACAAUCGUCCAGAAUUACGCGACUGA